CAACCGCAGGUCCAGAAGCAUAAGCCAUCUCGUUCCACAAAUCCAAAAUAUUUUCUUUUCUUUCCUAUGCAUUUUCUUUUCCGCAGAUGGAGAAAGAGCCUUUUCUUGACUCCCAAACAAAACCCCAACAUCUCGGUGUUAUUCUAGAAGAACAUGACCGUGACUUCUCAUUCCCAAUUCAACAAUCUCUCUCUAGUCCUUAUAUCUUCAAUGAAAUCCAAGACCAUCCACAACAACAAAUGCCGCAGUCUUCAACAACUGAUCUUGAGAACCGAACCAAGAAACCGGGUUCACUUCACAGAUGCAAAACUGCUCCAGCCAUGGUCGUCUUUUGUGAUACUAAACAUAAAACACACCAAGUUCCUAAACCACAAUCAGAGUCCAGCUCCAUAAUCAGACAAGCUGUGUUUUUGCUUACUUUAUACCUUUUACUUGGUGUUACCAUAUAUUCUUUUAACACGGAAAAUUUCUCAGGUGUAGAAACUCACCCAGUUGUUGAUGCUCUCUACUUCUGUAUUGUCACCAUGUGCACUAUUGGCUACGGUGACAUCGCUCCUUUAACGCCAGCAACAAAAGUUUUUGCUUGUGUUUUCGUCUUGGUGGGCUUUGGAUUUAUAGAUAUUUUACUAAGUGGGCUGGUGAAUUAUGUUCUUGAUCUUCAAGAAAACAUGAUAUUAACUGGCAUACAAAUGGGUAAAGCAGAACAAGGAUUUUCUGCAAGAAAUUACAUUGUUGACGUGGCCAAAGGAAGGAUGAGGAUAAGAUUGAAAGUUGGUUUGGCACUUGGUGUAGUGGUUUUGUGUAUUGGUGUCGGAGCUUUAAUCUUGUUCUUCGUGGAGGAUCUUGAUUUGCUUGAUUCGGUUUAUUUAUCGGUUAUGUCGGUGACUACGGUUGGAUAUGGAGACAAGGCAUUUAAGACCUUGCCUGGACGGUUAUUCGCGGCAGUUUGGCUUUUGUUUUCGACCUUGAUGGUGGCGCGGGCGUUUUUGUACUUGACUGAGGCAAGAAUUGAUAAGAGGCACAGGAGGAUUGCUAAGUGGGUGUUGCACAGAGAUAUCACUGUUGAGGAUUUGCUUGCUGCUGAUAUCAACAACAAUGGCUUCAUUAGCAAAUCAGAAUAUGUUAUCUACAAGCUAAAGGAGAUGGGAAAGAUUGGAGAGAAAGAUAUAAUGCAGAUUUGCAACCAGUUUAGCAAGCUUGAUCCUAGCAACUUUGGGAAAAUAACAUUGCCUCGUCUUUUGGAGGAUAGCUUUUGACAGUAAAAGAAUGAUUUAUAUUCAUGUUAUUUCAAUAGAGGAUUCAGGGUUUAUCAUCUUAUUACGGAAGUGACAUAAAUACACAGAGAAAUAUUUGGUAAUCUGAGGCUCUGAGCAUUUUCAUGCCAAGGAAAAUGAAAAAUAUAAGUGUGGAGUCUUAAGAAAUACCGUAGUUGGUCGAUGAUGAAUUGCAAAUUUGCAUGCAUCAUUCACUUAAGUGCAUAAACUGUAUUAUAUUAGUUUUAGAUGGUACAUUCUUGGAAGAAAAAAGGAAGUGGUAGAAAGAGGAGAUGAUGAGAUGGUUGUUCUCUUGAGAACCCAAACUAGAGAGUUUUAAUCUCAUAGAGGCUCUUAAAUAUGAUUUUAUGAUGUAUAUAUGUAUUGACUUUGCUGAGAAAUGUAAUGAAAAAAUUUUAACUUUA